AUGCAUAUCUCCAAACUAGCUACGAUUACGUCCUGCGUAUCCUUAAGCACUGCAAUUACUGUUACAUACAUCGGAUUCUACGAUGAUGAUACAGCCUCUGUCACCGAGCUAGCAUGCUGGAAAGGCGGGCGGAUCGUCGAAGGUCAAGACUGGGCAAAACUGGGCGAAGUAACCUACCAAAUAGCUGGUUACGAAGGUAAUGAUGGCCCUGAAUCCUCGUUGUGUGUCUCCUGCUGGUCACUGAGCUAUGGAGAUACCAGUCGAUCCGUUCUUGUUCUCAACAGUGCCCAAGCUGGAUCAGGAUUCGAGACAUCGCUGACAGUCAUGAACUCCCUCACCGGGGGUAAGGCUGAGCAACUUGGUCGUGUGAAUGUUACUGCGUUCCAAACGGAGCUUUUGGACUGCGGGGUUGCGACUGAACCUACAGAGGAGGAGCUCAAGAUGGUUGUCGGAGGGAAUUGGUACUCGAACUGGUUUUACAAUAAUUUAACUAAGUCUCUUCAUCUUUUUAUGCUAUGCAAUGAAGAACUUUAUACAUUUGAUGAUAACUUAUGGUAG